GCUAUUUCAGCUAAACUUUAUUUUUUUUUAAAAAAAAAUUAAAUCUUUUUCUUAUCAAAAUAAAAUUUCUACAAUUUUCAUUUAAGAAUCUUGAAUUAAUAAUUAUAAUUUAAGGUAUACAUCAUCAUAUCUAUUCUUAUUGGACCCAUCUCAAGAUCAUGUUCAAGGAAAUAUUAUUGAUCCUGUUUGUCUCUUUCGAAUUUCAUCUGACUACUGAAUGGAUAGACGGCAAUGAUCAUCAUCAUAUUAAUCAUAUUAACAGAUUUGGGUUAUGGAAUCACCCAUAUCAUAAAAGGAUUUAUAGUCAUACAUCCAAAUAUCCAGAAUUUGAUCCUCAAAUUUUCAAAAAUCUUGUGGCUCCUGUGAAUACACCCACAGAUAUUAUCAUACUUUGGGAAUUGGCUUACGAUACAACGGGAGAUUAUGAUUGCGCAAUGUGCCUCUACUUCGGUACGAUGUUCUUCAAGACUCGCAAUAAUCCUUUAGAUCAAGAAAUAUUUAAUUUGGGAAUCAUAAGCUAUUAUAAAUAUUCAAAAAUUACUUUACCUUUAAAAAAGGCAAAUACUUUUGUUAAAGUUGUACAGAAUGGAGUUCCGAUGGCUACAUUUAAUGCAACUGACAAAAGCUUAGAUUUGGGUAAUGCUAUGACUCUCGCCGAAAAUAUGUUUAAUAAUUUGAGCGAAACCAGCUCUAAAAAAACUAUCUGGGUCUAUAUUUCAGGACCAAAUGAUUAUGCCGCUAUGAACAAAGCUAAAUAUUUGAAAAAUAAAGGUUUUGAAAUAUUUGUGUUCGCUUUUAGUACUAAAGUCAAUAUUGAACAAUUGUACGAUAUAGCAACUUCCCCUUCUCAUAUCCUUUGGUUUUCGGAUUAUUGCACGGCUUCUCAAACCAUUUAUAAUAUGUAAAUUGUUAUCAUUAUGAUAACAAUAUAACAUUUCAAAUUAAAUCAAAAAUAAUUUUUAUUUUCGCAUUAAUUUUUUCAUAGUUUAUAUCUUUAAAUAUAUAUUUAUUAUGAAAUAUCAUAUGUUUAUUUAAUUAUCAAUUAUAAAUUUAUUAUAAAAGUAUAUAAUACAUAGAGUAGAUACCAAAAAUAUUAUUUUAAUUAAGGGAUAAGAAAAAUGAAUAUCUAAAAAAACGAAUGUAAGAUAUUCCUGAAAAAUAAAAUUUUUCAAAAAGGCUCGAUACUUUUUAAAAGAUACAUUAGUAAAAAAAAAUUAAGAUCAAAUUCUAAAUAUUUACAACUCUCUCCUUAACAAUUAACUGUUUACCCUAUUUA